CUCUGGUGUCCUGCCUUCAUGUCUGAUGCACCGAGAGGAGGAAGUCUCGUCUGAGAUCCGCUCAGUACGGUCGAUGUUCUGGGCGGCUGCUGGCGCUCAGCAGCCAUGAGGUGAAUGAGAAAAAAGCGUCGGAGGUUUUCAGCAGCGGGGAAAAGCUGUCAGUGAUGUCGAGAUAUUAGACACAGUCUUAAUCAAUCAUGGACUCCAAGAAGCCGGGCGUACUGCGGAAUCUCCGCCAGAAGAUGCUGCCGAACCUCCUGCGAAGCAAGAAGAGCCCAAGCAAGUCUCCCGUCCAUCUGGAACACACCAUGGACCAUCGGAUGAGCUCCUCGGUUCCCGACAUAAGGUACAUGAGGCACGAUUUUUCUCACGUCUGUUCCAGCCCGCCGCUCCAACAGCACAAUGCCCCCAGCUACAGCAACCCCUCAUCACCACUUGUUAAGAAUAGAGGCCUGGCAGGAGGGGGGAGUGGCCUGAGGAUGGAAGCUGUCGGUGGAGGAUCUGGGAGGAGUGAACACAGACUGAGUGUGCCUGUGGACAGCACAGACUGGGCUUCCUCCCAGGAGUCCUUCAACAGUCUGUGUGACGAGGAGAAGAGCUCCCCGGAGACAAUCUACCGACCUGUCGGAGGCAUGGAGGCUGAGGAGCUGGCCCUGCCUGAGAUGAUCACCGUCUACAGCCCAGAGCCUCCCUCUGUGGAGGUCUCCCAGGACAGCUCACAGUAUGAUAAUCAUGAUUUCAACGGUCACGUGUUAAAAGACGAGGACAACCAAAAUAGUGAGAUGGGACACGAGACCCCUGCUGUGGCAGAGAACUCCAGAUCUUCUCUGAGGUCUUUCCUGCUCACCAUCAACCUGAAGGAAGGACGCAACCUGGUCAUCAGAGACCGCUGUGGCACCAGUGACCCGUAUGUGAAAUUCAAAUUGGAUGGGAAAACGUUCUACAAAAGCAAAGUGGUUUAUAAAGACCUCAACCCCACAUGGAAUGAGACCUUCUCCCUACCUGUGAAGGAUCUGAACCAGAAACUGUUCAUCAAGGUCUACGACCGUGAUCUGACAACAGAUGACUUCAUGGGCUCCACCAGUGUCACUCUGAGUGAUCUGGAGUUUGACAAAGUCAACGAGCUGUCUUUGCCUUUGGACGACCCUAACAGCCUGGAGGACGACAUGGGGGUCGUGCUGGUGGACAUGAGUUUGUCACGCAGAGACGGAGACAGCAAAAAAGGCCCUCGGUGGGCCCGAAAACGAAGUGUUAGGGCGGGAAGCACUUCUCAGAACUUUCGUCUGUCAGAGUCACUGAGGAAAAGUCAGCUGUGGACCUCUGUUGUGUCAGUGACUCUGGUGGAGGGUCAGGAGCUGCCGCUGGACUCUCAGGGAGGUCAGCUCUUUGUUCGCUUCAGACUGGGAGAGCAGACAUACAAAAGCAAGAAUCACUGCAAAGUCUCCAAACCUCAGUGGAGAGAGAGGUUCACUAUGAACCAGUUCUUGGACGGUCAUAACAUCCUGGAGGUGGAGCUCUGGUCCAAGGAAGGACGAAGGAAUGAGGAGUGUUUGGGGACGUGUGAAGUUGACCUGUCCAGGGUCCCUGUCAAUCAGAGGCAGCUGUGCACACACUCCCUGGACCAGGGGAGAGGACGCCUGGUCUUCCUGCUCACAGUGAACACAUGCAGUGGCGUCUCCAUCUCUGACCUCUGUGCUGCACCACUCAACGAGCCGCAUGAGAAACAGAACCAGCUGGAGAACUACAGUUUAAAAAGGUCCCUGAAAAACCUUCGUGACAUUGGUUUACUUCAAGUCAAAGUACUCAAGGCUGCAGAUCUGCUGGCUGCUGAUUUGAACGGCAAGAGUGAUCCCUUCUGUGUGUUGGAACUGGGGAACGACAGACUGCAGACCCACACAGUCUACAAGAGCCUCCACCCGGAGUGGAACAAAGUCUUUACACUCCCUGUCAAAGACAUUCAUGAUGUUCUGGUGGUGAAUGUCUUUGAUGAGGAUGGAGACAAGGCGCCAGACUUCCUGGGAAAAGUUGCCAUUCCCCUGCUCUCGAUCCGCAGGGGACAGCAGAUCACCUUCCCGCUCAAGAAGGAAGACUUAGGUGGACUGUCGAAAGGGAGCAUCACUCUGGAGCUGGAGGUUAUUUUUAACCCUGUCCGAGCGAGUAUAAGAACCUUCCAGCCGCGGGAGAGAAGAUUCAUUGAGGAUAACCCCAAAUUUUCCAAAAAGGCUCUGGCCAGGAACGUGCUGCGUGUUCAGACACUGUACAGGGCUAUCAUGUCGACUCUGCAGUACAUCAAAAGCUGCUUCCAGUGGGAGAGUGUUCAGAGGAGCCUGCUAGCCUUCCUGGUGUUCAUGGUGACAGUGUGGUACUGGGAGUUUUACAUGCUGCCCUUCUUCCUGGUCCUGCUCAUCUCGUGGAACUACCUCCAGAUCCGCUCCGGUCGUGUCAGUCAGGAUGUGGCCAACAUGGAUCUGGCAGACGAGGAUGAGGACGAUGAGAAGGAGUCAGAGAGAAGAGGGCUGAUGGAGAAAAUCCACAUGGUCCAAGACACCAUCAUUACCCUUCAGAACCUGCUGGAUGAGAUCGCCUGUUUUGGGGAGAGAAUUAAAAACACUUUCAACUGGUCGGUGCCGUUCCUGUCCGGUCUGGCUUUGCUGGUCUUUGCCAUUGCAACAAUCCUAACAUACUAUAUUCCUGUACGCUACAUAGUUUUAAUAUGGGGUAUCAAUAAAUUCACGAAGAAAUUACGGAACCCGUACAGCAUUGACAACAAUGAGGUGCUUGAUUUCCUGACGAGGGUGCCUUCAGAUGUGCAGAAGGUCCAGUACAGUGAGAUCAGAGGCAGCAGGAAGAAGAAAAUCUUAUAGAAUGUAGGAGGACGGUGUGUAAGCUGGACCUGAUGCUGCUGUUUGUGGGCUUCCUUCCUAAAGACUGUUUCCAGACGUCCUAAAGAGAGUCUCACUUUUUGUUGGUUUUGUGGUGAGUGGUAGGUUUGAAUUUAAAUUUGCUGUGCUGGUGCACAGUUCCUCACCACUCACCUCACACCAAGUCUGUUUAACCAAAGACGUUCACGCUGAGCACCCUGCAGAGAUGACUUUACCACAUUUUGUCACAGACGUCUGUCUGUACACGUCUAGAACAAUUUGUCAUAUUUCCAAAGAUUGUUGGUGUUUUAAUGUAUGUACAGUUUAUUCUCAUUAAUUAGAAGCUGCUUUGUUUUAUAUUCCUGGCCCCAGGUUGUGUCCUCCCGAAACCUGCUGUAGUAUCAUUUUGUAUUGUACUGAAUAUAUUAGGUUUGGUAUUUAACAUGUAUAUGUAUAUUUUUACAGAAUUUACAUUAAGAGAUGUGAAGACUUUAAUGCAGAAAUGGAUUGAUUAUCCACCAUUUGUAAAAUGGGUAUCUUUAAUAAGUAUGAGUCAUAAUAGAAAAUAGUUCUAUUUUUAUGCACAAGGUCUUUUUGGAUUUGAAUAUUAAUGAUGAAUGUCAGGUAUCAGUUUCUUUUCAUGUCUUCUUCUACAGCAGCAUAUCACAAAAGCACAUAUUAUGCAUGAAAUUCCUUUGUUUCCUAUAUUUAGCUUUGAAAAUGGAUAACGAGCUAUGUGCAAACAUACUGAAUGACUGAUUUCACUCAAAUGCGACAGUGUGGACUUGUACAUGCAAUCAGAAGUGCCUACAUUUUAGUUUUUAUUUUCAUUCAUCCUACAUAGAGGAUGCACUGUACCUGGGAGUGGAGUGGGGCCAGAUCUGUACUCAUAAAUCUAUUUAUUGAUGACAAUCACAGAUGAAGACUUUGUCUCAUUUCUAACAGUAAUAAAUGCACACAGUCGCACACCU